AUGUCGCAACUCAAUGAUCCUGCCAUCAUUGACUCGUCCAUACUAUCGAUGUCUGACAAUGGCAAGCACAAUGGCUCUUCCUCGUCGCUGGCAACAUACCAGACGGCCAUAGAACAGUCUUCUGCAAAUGGUGCCUCCACCACGCUGGGCUCUCUAGAGCCUGGCAAUGCCUUGACCAAGCUUCUUGAUAGCGCUGUGGCCAACGCAGCUAAGGAGCUGACACCGGAACCUGACUCAUCUAAGGGCACGAGCCAGCUUGCACUUCCACGUCGCCCUUCUAUGCUGGACUUCAAGCCAGCAACGUCCAAGAUGUACGUCUACUCCAUCGACGAGCUUUUCAACCUUAGAACAUCGCCUGAUGUUGGUUUGUUCGAUACCUGUGUGCUCCCGGAUUCAGCAUUCUGGGUGAUUCGAGCGCCAAAUAAGAAGUCUCAGGAGAAGAAUGGGUCGGGCAGCUCGAGGAAUCGCCGGAGGGGCCAGAGCCAGAACCAGCAGCAACAACAUCAGUCGGACGCAGCAGGCAAGUGGGAAAGAAAACCUACCGGUUUUGCUAAGAGUGCUGAGCUUGACAAAAUGUCGGCAGAGAAGAUUUCUCAGUUACUAGGUGAAAACCCGGAGGAGGGCACACCCGAAUGGGAUACUCCUGGUGCAGCUGAGCUUCAGAUGGAUAUGGGCUCCACCGUCGAAGACUUCGAGCGUUGGAAGCAGCGCAUGCGUCAGAAUGAUCGUAGUCACAGCCAGCACGGUGAGGUUGAAACCUCACUUGCAGCGGAGCAAGAGACUCCGAAGGGAAAUGAGGUGGACAAUUUCUUUUCCUUUGUCAAACCAAAAGCCAAUGCUUCACAGGAAGCCUCCACCCCAGGCUCAGAGACGGGGAAGACCUCCAGGUUUUCAUCCUUUUUCGGUGGCCCGGGCCCCGAACAGUCACCAAAGCGCUCAGCGCCACCUCCAGGGCUUGCAUCCAGAGCACCCAUGGGCAAAGGGUCUGAUUCUAGUGGACUGCGAUUCUUCAGCAUGGCGCAGGGCUCUUCUUCGCAAAACUUGACCCCAACACAAGAACGAGCAGGUCUCGCUGGCCCUCCUCCUCCCCCUCCUCAAGCUCAAUUACCACAGCAGAGUCCCCUUCCAUCAGGAGGUCAAGGUAUGCCUCCUGGGCUCGGUCCAGCAGGUGGUGAUAAGGACUCGUUUUUCUUGUCCUUGAUGAACAAACGUGACCAAGGACUGCCCCAGACAGACAAAAGCGGUGAAAAUGAAAAGGCAUCUGGGCCAUCAAUUCCAGGGUUUGCACAGGGUGCUUCCUUUGCUCCACCUCAGGGUGGUCCUCAAAGUGGUCUUCAGGGUCCAAGGCAAGGGAUUCCUCCAUGGAUGAACAACCCACAAAUGGGAGGACCUCCACCUCCAGGAUUUCAAAGAGGACCUCAGCACAUGUACCAGUUCCAAGGACCUCCACCUCCAGGAAUGUUCCCUCCAGGCAUGCCCCCUCCACAAGGCAUGCCACCGCAAGGUUAUCCAAGAAUGCAGGGACAGCCCCAAGGAGGGCAAGGACAAAUGCCCAAUGGCGCACUCCCCGGUUUCUACGGUUUUCCCCCAGGAAUGGGUCCACCAGGCAUGCCUCCGCAGCAACAACACCAACAGUCACCACUGCAGCAGCAGCAACAACCGAUAGAGCAGCAGCAGCAGCAGCAGCAGCAGCAAAGACCGCAGCAGUAG